AGUAGCAGUCAGUGAGAGGUCCACUAUUUAGUAGUAGGGGGUUUUCCCCUAUCCGUCUCUUUCUUCUUCUCUCUUCCCCCAGCAAGGAAGUGAGAGGUCCAAUAAGUAGGGAGGGAAGAAGACCUUCACUUCCUCUCUAAUUCCCAUUCAACCCUUUCCCCUUAACCCCGUUUGCCUCCAUCCCACAUCCCCAAGUUGGUCAAGUUAGUUGCUUUGCAGCCAGUUUAUGGUUUUUGGGUUUAUGGAGAAUAGAAUAGCUGCAGGGAGUUACUUUCAGUACUCUCCAUCUGGAGGUCAUCCCCCACUUCAGAGGUCUACUUCCAUUUCAGAUCGUGAAAGAUAUCUGGCAGAUUUAAUAGCAGAGAGGCGCAAUUUGGGACCUUUUAUACCAAUUUUGCGUGUAUGCAGCAGGCUUCUAAAUCAAGAAAUCAUGCGGGUAUCAGGAUUGGUAUCAAAUCAGUAUUUGGAUCAUGAAAGAAUGGGCCAUGAAAGUCCAUAUGGAUCAUUAGGUCAACAUCCUAAUGGAGGACCAAUGAGUGUGGAGACAUGGAAUCCACUGGGAACAGAGGAAAAUAGACUUCUCCAGAAGUUGGCUCCAUUUCAACCUUCCCCUCUGGAAUGGUAUUCAGUUCCAGGAACUACUCCCAUUGUGAAAAGAGUCAUCCGACUGGAUGUUCCUGUAGACAAGUUUCCAAAUUAUAAUUUUGUUGGCCGAAUUCUGGGUCCACGUGGAAACUCCCUGAAACGUGUUGAAGCCAUGACAGAAUGUAGAAUUUAUAUAAGAGGUCAGGGCUCGGUUAAGGAUUGUAGCAAGGAAGAGAAAUUAAAAGAUAAACCUGGAUAUGAACACCUCAACGAGCCACUACACAUCUUGCUGGAAGCUGAAUUUCCUGAAGAUAUGAUUGAUUCCCGUGUGGAUCAUGCAGUUGCCAUAUUGGAAAAGCUUUUAAAACCUGUGGAUGAGUCCAUGGAUCUUUAUAAGAAGCAACAACUAAGAGAAUUAGCUAUGUUAAAUGGAACUCUAAGGGAAGAAAGCCCUAUCAUGAGCCCGAGUAUGAGCCCCAGCAUGUCUCCUUUUAAUAGCACUGGAAUGAAACGUGCAAAGACAGGGAGAUAACAUCAAAUACACAUGAUGGAUUGCUGGCAUCUCUGUUGGUUUCUCCUGAUCUUCUCCUCCCUGAGUUACACCGUCGCAAAAGCUUCCGCAAAAGUUACUGAAUUGCCUACAUGAUCUCUGAGCAUGGUUUUGGGGAACCUAAAGUUGCUAACCACUUCGACGAGGAUCUACUGCACGACAUAGUUUAUUGUAAGAUUUCAUUUCUAUCUGACCAUCAAUUCUUUAAUCUGCCAGAGUGAUGAUAUUCAUCAAUUUGUUUUUGACAAAGAUGAUUAUAAGCUUCAAUAAUUUCAAUCUUGCGGUCACGUUUGAUAAGGUUAUCUUUCAAGUUGUGUAAUAAUACAUCGAUGGUUUGCAGAUAAAGAAUAUUGUGAAUCAACAAGCUUCAUAUAGCAGGCGUAUUUU